CCUGUACGUAAAUUGUCACUGCUUGCAUACCCUCCAGCACCACAAUUAGAAAGUGAUGACAGGUAAUACCCCAGGUCAUGUUAGCAGUGAUUCCCCAGGCUUUCAACGCCAACUCGUGACACCUCAUGAUUGGGUCGAGUGCAACUUGAGCUUGACUAGGCUGGGGUUCGUAUAAAAAGGUAUCUUCGUAUGUCCUUCUGCUGCAUUGUACAUACCCACAGGCCUAGACAUGUCGUCUUCUUGGCUACGUCCGAGACCACACCAUUUUGUUAGGCUUACGCAGUCUGCUACUCGCUCGUUAUGGCGGCCUGCUGCCAUUGGUAAUCGGUACAUGUCCCAAGGUAUCACGCGGGACUCCGUGACGAGCGAAGCUGUGACUGGGCUCGGUAUUGAGCCCUCCCGACUCACUGUCACCAGAACAACGAGCCCGAAGGAGCUUCCUCCCUCUAAAAACCUUACCUUCGGACAGACAUUCUCAGAUCAUAUGCUGAGAAUCCCUUGGAAUGACGCUACUGGCUGGGGGGCACCCAGCAUUCAACCUUUCGGCGAUCUCAAUUUGUCCCCUAGUACUACCAUGAUUCAUUAUGCCCAAUCGUUGUUCGAGGGUAUGAAAGCCUACAUGCAUGAGGAUGGUACCGUAACGUUGUUCCGACCCGACAUGAACAUGAAACGUAUGAACACCAGUGCACAGCGGCUAUUGCUUCCCGUACGCUCCAUUCUUCUCUCCCGAACAGGUGUUCAAACCUUCUCGCAGACAUUCAACGGCAACGCGCUUAUUGAAUGCAUAAAGGAGUUGAUCACCCUUGACCGUAAAUGGAUACCUCAGGAACCCGGACACAGCCUUUACAUCCGACCCACGCUAAUUGCCACGAAUAGCGCGUUGGUUAUUGCGCCCCCAAAGGAGGCACUACUUUUCGUGAUCACCAGCCCUGUAGGACCAUACUAUCCUCACGGGUUCAAACCUGUGCCAUUAUAUGGCACUACGGAAUAUAUUCGUGCAGCGCCCGGAGGUAUCGGUGCAUAUAAGCUUGGUGCGAACUAUGGCCCCAGUGUCGUCGCACAAAACAAAGCAGCGAAGCAGGGGUACGCGCAGAACUUGUGGUUACAUGGUCCCGAGCAUUGGCUCACGGAGGCGGGCAUCAUGAACUUGUUUGUCGUUAUCAAGGACAGGGAUGGCUUCAGCGAGCUCAUCACGCCUCCUCUCGAUGGAAUGAUUCUCCCAGGUGUCACCCGCGACUCUGUGCUAGCGCUUGCGCGUAACCACGUUUCUGGCGUUAAGCGCCUCCAAGGUCUUCCUGAUGCCAUCAAGGUCUCGGAGCGUCCCGUUGCCAUGGGCGAGAUCAUUCAAUCCUCACAGGAGGGUCGCCUUGUCGAGUUAUUCGGCACCGGCACGGCGGCUGUUAUAACUCCCGUCGAGAGGAUCGGGUACAAUGGAUGUGAUAUCAUGAUCCCUACCGGUCAUGACGGCAUGGGUCCCGUCUCGAGGUCGCUUUGGACAGAGCUGGUGGGUAUCCAGACGGGGGCUAUUAAGAGUGACUGGAACUACGUGGUGGCGAAUUAGUGCGGACACAAAU